AUGAAUCACUAUUCUCUUCAAGAUCGCGGAAUAAUUGCUUCCAUAUUUAUGCGCAAUAAUUCGUCUGUGGUGUUGGCGCAGCGUGAAUUUCGUCGCAGAUCUCCCGGCCGUACGACACCAACUGGACAAACACUGCUGCAUUUGGCCGCCCGUCUUGAAGAGACUGGGACAACACGAGUUGCUCCUCGGCGUUGCCGGCCUCGGACUAGCCGUUCUGCUGAGAAUAUCGCCACGAUAGCCGAAGCAGUUGAAAUGGACCCUGGAACAUCGACCAGUCGACGAGCCACGUAA